GUUCACCACUCUACGUCGAACUACAACUCACUUUUGCACGAUGUGUUCCCAGUGAUUAUUCAAGUCGUAAACGGCAUCUGCGGCUACUGACUGACGCGCAGAAGUUAACAAAUCAACUUCUCCGACUACCUGUGAUAUACAUGUGGAGCUUGCAUUCAUGACGAAAAGGCGAGCAGAGCAAGUUUUGUUUCACGACGUUCCCUCCAAAAGAUGCGUCUGCUUAUCAGGCUGCUUUGAUACGCAGUUAGAAAGCAUGGCUGCAACUGGGGGCUUGAGUCCGCCAUCCUUGCUCGCUUUGUUGGGUAGUCGGUGCAGAAAGAGGCCGUUUUAUUUUGAAGACGAAGAGGAACAUCGUGGAAAGAUGCAGCCCCGUAAGAUUGCAAACAUUGACCAUUGUAUGUGCGCGUCGUGUGAUUCGCCGACAAUGAGUUCUGGAAGCUUUCUAGACAGGAGCUGUGCGAAUUCGGCAUCUACAUCAACAAAUUCCAAGAAACGUGCACGAGACGACUUAAGCAUUUCCAAAACCGCUUCUCCUGAAGUUGCCACACACAAACACGUGAACGAGGAAGAAGACGUCUUGAGCCGUUUCAACUCAUUCCAGUACUGGCGGAUGCCCUUGACACAAUUGGAUCUGUCUCUAAUAAACACCGGAGAUAUUGAGGACACCAAUAAACUGUCCUGUGUCAAAGACUCCUCUGAUGCCAUGGAGACCUGAGAGGAAUCGAUCUGGACUUGACGCACACGCACACUGACGUGCACACAGCACUCUCACACAAUUAGUGUAGCAUAGCCUACAUAAGAACAACACUAUGGACAAUGUAUUAUGAUGGAUCUGACUUGUCUAGUUACAGACUCCGCAACAACAUUGAGUUAAACACACGCCAUCAUACAUCACACAAGCCAUAUACACUGUAUUUGGAAACGACUCAGCCUCUUGAAAGAAGACUUUCUCACUUUUUUUACAAGUUAAACUUGAGUCGUAUGUGAAUCUUUUGAUGUUUGUGUUCUGACGAUAAAGGUAUGGCCUA